CAAUAUCUGUAAUCUUGAAGUUCAUACUGAGAUCCCGUCAUUUUGUUUCAAUAAUUAAGAUAGGGUAAAGAAUGAUCCAUGUCUCAUGUGGCACGUUGAAUUUACUUCAAGGGUUUUGCUGACCCCAUCGAUUUAAGUCGAUAGAUAAAUAAAAAGAAUCUACGUGUGCGCACUCUUUUUGAUUUAAAGCAUAAAUAUUUUCUUGUGUUGGUACACUGAUAGAAGAUUACCACAACAAUUUGCGACGUUUCUUGUUUUUAUGACGUCUUACACUUUUUGUAAACUGAAAAAUGCAGAAGUAAAAUUAUUUCACUAUUUAUAGACCAUAUCGGCUUCAACGUUCACGCCAGCAUGAAGCUAUCUCUAUCUCCUUCCCCACCGAGGAAAGAACAUGACAAAAAGAUAAACAUAGGAUAAAGCAUUUUUUAUUUAGUUAAUCAUUUAGGUUACUCGUAUUAUUACUCAUCAUUGCUGUGCAAAAUUCCUCGAAAUCAAUUUCCCCAUUUAAGUCAAUGUCAGCUUUGUCCGCCUGUACAUCAAUCGUCAUAGUGAUAGGAGGAGAUGCUGUAAGGAGAAGCACCAAAAAAGAUGGUAAACAAUCACCGACAUAAAAAGCGACAGCAGUACUUACCCAUAUGUAUAUCAUGUCAUCAUCUAGUCCAGGUGUCUCCUUAAGCACAGUGAUCGCCUCAGAAAGUUGUAGCACGCCGUCUUUGUUAAUAUCCAUAGAAUCAAAAAUUGUUCGCAACAUAUCUCUUGUAGGGGCAGUCCCUUCGUUAAUCUUCUCCCUCGAUGCGGCUUUCUUUGAAAACUUUUGAAAUAUACAUCCCCUUACUUGUUCGUUACUAUUCUCCAAAAUCUGCUCGUCGUUAUCGUUGCUGCUAGAAGUGUUACAGGAAUUUUCGCGAUCGUUGAAACCAUUUUUUCGCACACGAUGGUCGCCAUCCAACCGAUUCCCCAUAACCCGUUGGAAUUCCCCGAGAUCAAUGCCCCCACUGCCAUCUUCAUCGAUGCUGGAGAAAAUAUCGUCAAUCAUGUAUUGUUUAAUCCUGCUGCUACUAUGAUCACCGCCACCAAAAAUCGAGGACGAUGUGUUUCCCAUCAUGCAGCGUUUCAGCUCGUCCAGCGAAACUGUUCCGUCUCCAUUCAGGUCCAUCGAUCGAAACACAAGUUCCGAAUCCUUCAGCGACAGGCUGUGUCGUUGGAACGAUGGUCUCGCGGACCGUGAUUGGCAUCCUGGAUCGGCUCCAUCGACCACGCCUUGGUGAUGGUGGUUUGUCACUGCCUGUCCCCAGAAUUUCUCAAGGAUUGCAGCGCGGAACCGGCGCCUCCAGAAUUCCUUUAGCCUAGAAUGGUGAGGGUGCGAUAGGCAAUGCGUCGCCGCUGUUUGUCCMAGUAUCCAUGGAUGGUUGCAAAAUUCGGAUGCGGUCAUGCGUUGUUUCGAAUCGGGGUGCAAGAGACGUUUCAUCAACGAGACCGAGGAAGAGCUCAGGCCCUCAGUUCGAUCGUCAAAGACGUGUCUUUCGAGAUGCUCGACGUGUUGUUGGUUGGGACCAUCGCUUUUAUCGACAGGUGCUAUUUUCUGUGCUCGAAAGGAGGUGAGGCUCCCAACAAUAGCCCUAGCGAUCACUGAAUCUGGUGCCUGGUUCGUUCGAUCGAAUGGAUGGGUCCCCGUCAGCACCGUGUAGACAAUUACCCCCGCAGCAAACAUAUCCCCGGCGGCUGUUGGAUGUCUUGGACCACCGAGGCCGUUGUAGCCCUUCUGGAGGCAUUCGGGUGGGAGGUAUGCAAUGGUCCCGUGAAAGGGCAACUUUAUAGACUCGUGGUCAGGAACCGAAAAGCCAAAAUCCACUAUUUUUAGGCAUGCUUCUUCCUUUUGCCACGACCCCAUCAUGAGGUUCUCGGGCUUGAGGUCAGAGUGUACGUAGCGUUUGGAAUGGAUAUAGCGAAGACCAUCGGCGAACUGAAGGAGAAAUUUUGCCGCGUCGUGUUCCGAAAAGGGCCCCCGGUUGCACAGGUGCUCGAAGAGUUCCCCUCCACCGAUGUAUUCCAUGGCGAGGUACGUGUAGGAAUUGUCUCGCAAUGGUGGAUGGUACAAGCGGCAGACAUGGGAAUGUCCCGGAUCGGACAGCGCCUGCAUGGCCGCGACUUCGCGCUGAAUGCUGUCCUCGCUGCUACUGCCGUGGUUUAAUGGAAUGGACUUGAGUGCUACCUUUGCUCCAUCGCAGAUGCGCACUGCCAGAAAGACCUUGCCAAAGCCCCCCUCUCCGAUUUGUUUUUGGAUGUCAAAAAGAUCGUGAAUAAACACGUUUUUGGGACGGAGUUGUAGUCUGAUUGUAUUGUUCGCAACCGGAUCGUUGUUGUUGCUCGUAUCGUUUUCGAUGCAGUUGCUAGCGGCAUCGCUUGCCGUGUUGCUCAUUAAAAAAUUCGAAUAGCCAUUUUUCUCCGCUGAAAUCGACGACGGUAGCCUGAUUGUCAUCUUUAGCUUUUUGUGAGGAGACGGCGAGCGUUUCUCGGCGCUGCUAUCGCUGCCACCAUCCGAUGCGGAAUGCUUUGCCAUAUUAGAUAAAGUAUUAUGUUAUUGUUCUUUCCGUUGUGGUUCGAUUUUGAAUUUUGGUAUCGAAUUAAUUUCGAUUGUAAUUUCGAUUUGGAUUUGUCAGCAACUCAGAAGAAUUCUUCCUAUGAAUGAUAGUUGAUGAGCAUUAUUCCAAGCCCUAACUCGGAUUGCAAAUGUCGACGGAAAUGAUGGUACGAGUAGUGUCAGGUCCUGCGAACAAUCCGCAUGAGACUACAAGAGCUCGGAAGAUCUGAACAAGAACAAUCAAUCAGAAGAUGAUUCAAUGAAUCCGUGCGAUGUCGUAUUCCUACGCACCGUACAUUUCACGGUACCUGUACCGUCCGUACAAUACAAUUACGAUAAGAUAGACUAACAAAACGACGAAGUGAAUCUAAUCGUUCUUUUCUUGAGCGAAUGGUUCGGUACUUACUGUAUUACGAACUUUCGUACUGAAGUACGUAAUGGGAUAGCUAGGCGACGCACGCACAGGUACAAAUUAUACCGUACAAUACAGCACUUUUUACUUGGGAUGACAAAAAACAAAAAAAUACAGUACCUUCUACUUUCACUGCUGUAUUUUGUAUUUUCGCCUAGUGAAACUUCCUAGCGAUAUGUCUCUUAGUAGGUCACGGUCAUAGAUUACCGUACGAGUUUUUAGGUAUCGUAAUCGUACUGAAUUGAAGAAGGUGAAAUAAUGAUUAGAGACGCAUGCAGGACUAAGAACUUUACGCUUUCCGUACAAGAAUCGUAGAUCUGCAUGAAAACUAUGAAGGGUAUCAAAAGGUAAUUUUGACCCAUUCGACUAAAAAAUUCAAGGGAACAAAGAACCCAGCCGGCGUGAAAAUUCAAACAGAUGAAGCAAUGCCGCCAAUGAUUUUGAAUUCAACAUGUGGCCUUUCCACAAAACGCGUGCAUGUGCGGGUUGGAAGUAUGAUUAUCGGGAAGAAAGCUGCGAACGAUAGCGUUCGAAACAUGUACCGGUACAACAUGAACAACGUACGGUACAGUACUCGUACCGUACCGUACCGUACCUCGUACUAUUUUCCAACUUUUUAGCGUUUUGCUCACCUACGUGCUUUCUUCUAGUAGUACGGUACAACAGCGUACGAGUAAUCGUAUCGUACGAGUAAUAGCACCCGAUUGAGUGCUCCGUCUUGCAUUCUUUCUCCUUUCUCACCGGCAAGAAGGUCGACAAGAAGUUCCCUCACUUCUGUCAUUAAUACAAUUCUGUAGCGACCCCCCUUAGUCAAGAUGGACACAAUCACCUACUCCAACAAAAUGUUUGACGACCUGUGUCUUCAAGACUUGUUCAUCGAACAAGCCAAGAAAUCCCCCGACGCGGUGGCUCUCGUUGAUUACAAUUCCUCUUACAGCGCUGCCGGCGACGACGACAAAGGACCCAUCGAGUUGACCUACCGCGAGGUGGAUGAGAUCACGGACGCUCUCGCCGUGAAAAUCAUUGAAGACUACGGAGUGGGACCAGAUGCGGUCGUGGGAAUUUUGCUUCCCCGUUGCGCCCAAUACGUCCUGGCCUGCGUUGCAAUCCUCAAGGCGGGGGGCGCCUACAUGCCGCUAGAGCUUGUCUACCCGAAGCCCCUCCUGGAACGUGCCGUCAAGGAGACCAACGCCAAGCUUGUCUUCACGAACGAUACCUACGCCGGUCGCAUUGAUCCCUCGUUGGUUCUGACGUUCACAGACGAAGCUCCCUUUUUUGUGGACGACUUCUCCGGUGAACGCCCUUCCUAUCCUCCGCCCUCGUACGUCCACCCCAACGCCGACAACCUAGCCUUUUGCGUCAUGAGUUCAGGAACGACCGGCACUCCCAAGGGGAUCUGCCAGACCCACCGAGCCGCGGUGCACUCCUAUCUGGACCGCACGAUUCGCUUUCCCUUCCAAACGAACGCGGAGACUGGCGACGUCGAGGAUCGCGCCGGAGCGGGUGUCUUUUUCGUCUGGGAAUUGUUUCGACCCUUCCUCAAGGGGGCAACCACCGUCGUCAUUCCCGAUCACGUCCUCUUUGAUCCGGAGGCCGUAACAAAGUUCGUACGCGACCGGGCAAUCACCCGCAUCCUCUGGACGCCCAGCCUGCUGCAGCUCGUUAUGGACACCCUUGCACCGGAGGACGUCAAGGAACGAUUGGCCGGGCUCCGGUACUUGUGGCUCUGCGGAGAGGUCGUCAGCCGAGACCUGGCCGUCGGCUUUACCUCGCUUUUGCCAAACGUUGAAUUGAUGAAUCUGUACAGCAUUUCUGAGUGCCACGACGUGAGCAUCGGCGAUCUCAAGAGAGAGCUAGGACCGAGCGAGGGGGGCGAGGUCCGAAAAUAUGCCACCUGCGGAAAGGCCAUCCCGGGGGUCAAAUUCUACAUCGUCGAUUUGGAACAAAACGAUGACCACGAAUCUACUACCAAGAACGGAGUCAUGAAAUUGGUACCGGAGGGUGAAAAGGGAGAGGUCUAUGUUGGCGGGCCCGUCGUGGGACGCGGUUAUCUCAACAUGCCCGAGAAGACCGCCGAUCGGUUUGUCAAAAACCCGUUUCUGGGCCUCGACGGCGACGACAGCAACAUCCAUGCUCCUCGUUUGUACCGCACCGGAGAUCUCGGGCGCAUCCUGCCAGAUUCCAAGGAGCUGGAAAUAUUGGGGCGCUGCGAUUUCAUGGUCAAGAUUCGGGGAUACUCUGUUGUUUUGGGGGCCGUCGAAACGGCCCUGGCCAAGCACCCCAAGCUAUCGAGCGCCGUUGUGUUGGCGGUCGGAGGGGAAGGAUCGAGGGACAAGAAACUCGUCGCCUACGUUGUUCCCGCCUCCUGGGAAGAUGCUCCGUCGGCCUCGAGUGUACGGGAAUUUUUGAAGGAACAUGUUCCUCCGUACGCCAUCCCGUCCACAUUCUGCGUCAUUGACGCAUUGCCGGUGGCGGCCAGUGCCGCCGGAAAGCUCGACAGAAAGAAGCUUCCAUCGCACGAAACGGCGCAGAGGCUCCGCGCCUUUUCGAUCGACGAUGCCGACCUCGACGAUGGAAACAAAGAAACAAACAAGUCCAACUCUCGCAUCAAGCCGGAAAACGAUACCGAGAAGGGAAUCUUGGAUAUCUGGAGUCUACUCUUGGAUCUUCCGGCCGAAGAAUUGAGCGUCGUCGACUCGUUCUUUGAAGUAGGAGGCCAUUCGUUGUUGGCAACCAAAAUGGUAACGAUGAUCAACGAGCAAUUCUCUACGGAAUUGUCGAUCAUCACGGUCAUGGAAGCUCCAACCGUUCGUGAUAUUUCCAACUCUAUCCUGAACGAGGGAAGUACCGAAACUGAUGUGACUGCGAACAAAGUCGAUAUGCAAGCCGAAGCCCUAUCACUGGACCCUUCGAUCUACCCCUUUGCUACACGAAAGGGAGACGCUAUGUCUCGGUUCCGCUUUGAAUCGAGCGCCCUCUUGAAACCAAGAGUUGUCUUUUUGACKGGUGGCACCGGUUACUUGGGAUCGCACAUUUUGUCCGAGUUGCUGAAGAUUCCCGGACUGACCACCAUCUGUCUGGCCCGUGCCGAAAACGACGCUGCCGCCAGGGAACGAUUGCUGAAAACAAUGGACAAAUACAAGCUGUUGCAAAGCACGCUCCAAGCCCUCCAGUCGCCGGACGAAGAAAAGAAGUCUGACGAGGUUGCGGAUAUCAAAACUAGCGAGAACGUCCUGGACUCUCGGUUGGUUGCCAUUGCGGGAGAUUUUUCCAAACCACUCCUUGGAAUGAACGAUGUGCAAUUUAAAUCUCUGGCUUUGGAAAUCGAUUCGAUUAUCCAUUGUGGUGCCGAAGUUAACUUGAUCAAACCUUACUCGUCCCUAAAGAAAUCAAAUGUGCUUGGAACACAGGAAGUCUUGCGUUUGGCCACUACCAAUGGGUUUAUCAAGACCAAAGUCAAGCCUGUGCACUAUAUUAGCACGAAUGGUAUCUUUCCCGUUGAUGCGAAGGCAUACUUUUCAGAAGCUGAGCUUGAAGCUGAAAGAAGCACGGUCCACCUCAAGGAGGACGUCGAUCUCGACAAGUUCAGCCCUUUCCUAUCUGAAGGUUACGCGAUGACAAAGUGGGUGGCGGAACGGAUGUGCGCCGUGGCCGAAUCGCGUGGUCUUCCUGUGAGUGUCAUGCGACCAGGAAACAUGGCCGGCAGCAGUCUCACGGGGGUCUCCAAUCCCGAUGAUCUUAACUAUUUGUUGAUUCAGGGCAUCUUGGAAACAGGUUGCGCUCCUACAGUAGACACAAACUACGCCUUGGAUCUUACUCCCGUAGACUUCGCGGCCAAGGCCGUGACUGAGCUCGCCACUCAGAGUCCACAUUUGGCAAUCGGUCAACGCAUCCAUCUUCAAUCUCCUAACAAACCAGUCGGUCUCGACAAGGUCGUGGAAUGGCUGAACCAGCGGGACACGAGCAAGCCCAUCGAAUCGGUCACCCGUGCCGAAUGGAUGAAACGCAUAGCUACCACGAACGAAAAGCUUUCCAGUGGCUGGUUGUCCUUUGAAAAAUACUUUUUAGCCUACACCUGGUUGGAAAUGGACAGUGACAACUUGCAAAGGGCCCUGAAGGAUUCAUCCAUCGAAUGCCCUGACUUUGACACAGAUCUGUUGGAAAAAUGGUUUCCUACAUCAUCUCAAUAAUUCGACAUGCAUUUCAUGUCAGGGUUUAAUAGUCACACACAUCAAAUUCUCCCACUUUUUGCUUGCUGGCAUGCAUGCAUUUUUUAUCACUUCUACUCUCUAAAUUAAAACUCAGCAUUGCU